CUUGCUAACUCCCCACUCUCCAAUUAUUGCCAUUACUAAAUUUCAUCACAUGCCCUUCAAUUUCCCAAGAGAUAAGGAACUCAAAAAUCAAAACUUUUUUGUUUUUAUUGAUGCCAUUUCUAUAAAUUGAUGCAAAAAAUUUGUUCUUUUGAAGAAAAACUAGAUUUUGGGUUGUAAUUGUAAUCUCUUAUCAUGUUUUGAUGCCAUUUCUCUAAGUAGAUGAAAAACAUUUGUUCUUUUGAAGAAAAACUAGAUUUUGGGUUGUAAUCUUUUAUCAUGUUUUGAUGCCAUUUCUAUAAGUUGAUAAAAAAAAUUGUUUAUUUGUUGAAAAACUAGACUUUGGGUUGUAAUCUUUUAUCAUGUUUUGAUGCCAUAUCUAUAAUUUGAUGAAAAAAAUUUGUUCUUUUGAAGAAAAAAACUAGAUUUUGUGUGGUUGUAUUUUUUAUAUCUAUAUAAUUUUUGUGGGUGAAAAAAUGGUAGGAAAAGAGAUAGUAGUAGAAGAGAGUAGUAGUAAUUUGAGGUGGGUAGGAAGUGGUGGAAGUGGAACAUCAAGGUGGGUAGAUGGAAGUGAAGUGAGUUCAGAAGAUGCACCAAUUUGGUCAAGAUUAGAGGAAGAUGAAUUCAAGAAAAGAUAUGGUUCACCUUCUGGUUCUGUUAAAAGAAGGCUUGUUAAGAAGGCUAAAAGGGUUGAUUCUUUAGAUGUUGAAGCUAUGCAGAUUGCUGGAGCUCAUGCUCAUCAUUCUAAGGAGUUCUCUACAUGGCACACUCUCGCCUUGGCAUUCCAAACUCUUGGUGUGGUGUAUGGUGACGUGGGUACGAGCCCUCUAUAUGUCUUCACUGACGUGUUUAGCAAGGUGCCUAUAACAUCAGAAAUCGAUGUUCUGGGGGCAUUGUCUGUUAUACUGUAUACAAUAACUCUUGUACCCUUAGCGAAAUAUGUGUUUGUAGUGCUUAAAGCUAAUGACAAUGGUGAAGGAGGGACAUUUGCACUAUAUUCACUUAUAAGCAGGUAUGCCAAUGUCAGUAUGAUUCCAAAUCGCGAACAAGCUGACCAACAGAUCUCUAGCUAUAAGCUUAAACUACCCACUCCGGAACUUGAAAGGGCUUUGAGCAUAAGAGAGAUUUUGGAAAAGAAAGCCUCUAUGAAGACCCUUCUGCUAUUUUUGGUUCUCACUGGAACUUCAUUGAUUAUAGGGGAUGGUAUCCUGACUCCAGCUAUGUCAGUUAUGUCAGCUGUGAGUGGUCUUCAGGGUGAGAUUAAAGGAUUUGGUACCAAUGCUACGGUCAUUGUUUCAAUGAUCAUUCUGAUUGGGUUGUUUAGCAUACAGAGGUUUGGGACCAGCAAAGUUGGUUUUUCAUUUGCUCCUGCGCUGUCACUGUGGUUCUUUUCUUUGGCAUCUAUAGGAAUCUACAACCUCUUCAGAUAUGAUGUAACGGUAUUAAGGGCCCUCAAUCCAGCUUAUAUCUACCUUUUCUUUAGGAAGAAUGGUAUCCAAGCAUGGUCAGCUCUUGGCGGCUGUGUUUUGUGCAUCACAGGAGCUGAAGCAAUGUUUGCUGAUCUAGGUCACUUUUCUGUACGAUCCAUUCAGAUUGCAUUCACUUGUGUUGUGUUCCCCUGCCUUGUGUUAGCUUACAUGGGCCAAGCCGCGUUUUUGAUGAGGUUUCCAGCCUCAUCUGAACGAAUAUUUUAUGAAAGCGUACCAGAAGGACUUUUCUGGCCAGUCUUUGUGAUUGCUACACUAGCUGCUGUUAUUGCCAGUCAGGCCAUGAUAUCUGCUACCUUUUCAGUCACGAAGCAAGCCAUGGCCCUGUCAUGUUUCCCGAGGCUGAAGAUAAUUCACACCUCGAAGAAACUGAUGGGUCAGAUUUACAUCCCUGUCAUCAACUGGUUCUUGAUGGUUAUGUGUCUUGUAGUGGUUGCAACUUUUAGAAAUACCACAGACAUAGCAAAUGCAUAUGGCAUUGCCGAAGUUGGAGUCAUGCUGGUGAGUACAACCUUGGUGACAGUGGUGAUGCUAUUAAUCUGGCAGACUAAUAUAUUCAUAGCUCUCGCUUUCCCUAUCAUAUUUGGAUCAAUUGAGCUCAUUUACUUGUCAGCAGUCUUAUCGAAAAUUUUGGAGGGUGGUUGGCUUCCUUUAGCUUUUGCUUCCUGCUUCUUACUAGUAAUGUACACCUGGAACUAUGGAAGUGUUCUCAAGUAUCGGAGCGAGGUGAGAGAUAAAAUCUCCAUGGAUAUCAUGCAUGAACUUGGAUCCACUCUUGGAACUGUAAGAGUCUCGGGGAUUGGAUUAAUCUACAACGAGCUUGUUCGUGGAGUUCCAUCCAUAUUAGGGCGAUUUCUUCUAAGCCUUCCGGCCAUUCACUCUACCAUUAUCUUUGUUUGCAUCAAAUAUGUCCCUGUUCCUGUAGUACCUCAAGAAGAACGGUUUCUCUUUCGAAGAAUUUGCCCUAGAGACUACCAUAUGUUCCGUUGCAUUGCUCGUUAUGGUUACAAAGAUGUUCGUAAAGAAGACCAUCAUUUAUUCGAACAACUAUUAGUUCAAAGUCUUAAAAAUUUUCUGAAAAAUGAGGCUCGAGAUUUUGCUCUUGAGGCUGACUUGAAUGAUGAACUGGAUAUUGAUAGUGUCUCAGUAAGAUCAAGGGAUGCAGACGCUACUGAUGAUGUUGCAGAUGAGCUGCGAACUCCAUUGAUGCAUGAUCAACGACUAGGAGAACCAAAAGCACUGAAAUCAGAAGAGAACACGGAGAGUGUAUUGUCAUCAGAGGAUGAUCCUAGCUUAGAGUAUGAAUUCUCUGCUCUUCGCGAAGCUGUAGAUUCAGGUUUCACAUACUUGCUUGCAGAUGGAGAUGUUAGAGCAAGGAAAGAUUCUUUGUUCCUUAAGAAGUUGGUCAUCAAUUACUUCUAUUCUUUCUUGAGGAGAAACUGUAGGAGAGGUGCUGCUGUGCUGAGGGUUCCACACAUGAAUGUCAUAGAAGUUGGGAUGACAUACAUGGUUUGAUUUGUGUUUAUAUCGUCUGGACGUCUAAUGUUGCACACAGGCUGCAAGAGUACGAUUUUCAACAUAUAUAUAUAGCUCGAAAAUUUUCAAAGUUCCUUGGAACCAGAAAUAUCUGAUGUUAUAUGGUCGACAAAUACAACAGCUACUUUCCCGUCAAAUAAUGGAGGAGGUUGCUUACGUAGAAUUCCCUAUAGGAUAUGGAACUUUGUAUCCAUUAUAAGUUUAUAGGUAGUUAUGGCUUCACCAAACUACCACUAGGAGGAAAUGAUCUAUGAUGCUCGAUUGAUUGUUUACAAGUUCUUGUUCAUGCUUGUUGAAGUUAGCUGUUUUGGUCUAGUCUUUAGGCAUGGUAUGGUGGUGUAACUGGUGUUGUAUUGUUUUAUUCUUCAUUACAUUUUAAGAAAGGAUUAUUCUUUCAAAAAGUACAUAUUAUAUGCAAUAAGGAUACUUAUUAUUCAA